AGACCUGGGGCGCCAUUGGCCCCUACCCCCAGGAAGCAAGCUGGUGGCUUAUCCUUGCUGCCCAACGAGAGCCAAACGUUCUUUCCUGGGAAAGCCAAGCACACACUUGCAAGGGAAAAGUUCUGUCCAUGCUUGCUGGGAAGUUCUUCUAUGAUCUGACCUUAACCCCGCGAGCUGCCUUAUCUACCACCCCAAGCCAGUCCUGGCAGCUCUGGAGGACCAGGGACAUGUUUCGAAUAUUUUUUAUUUUUCAUGAUAUAUACUAAGCAUUUACAUGCCAAGCACUGCUUAAGAAUAUGACAUGUGUUAACUCAUAAUCUUUAUAUAUCCAGCUGUAUGAGAAACGUAGGCACCACUGUAACCCUGUUUCCUGGGGAGGCAGCAGAGAUGUGUUGAGAUUUUCCAGUCUCAUUGCCAGGAAGUAGCAGAGAGCCCCAGCCCUCAAUACUCAGCCCUGCACACACUUCCACUGAAGCAAGAUGGGAGAAGGUAUGUGAAACCCACCUGCACGUGGGUCUGGGGGAGAGGUGGGGAAGCUAAAAUAGAGGGACUGGGAGGGUCUGCCCACAGUGCCCUUCCCAGUUCCCAGAGGACGACUUCCAUGCUGGGAGCAAGUUUGCUCUAUGUUGGACUCUAAGGUUUUUACAUUCAACAAUUCUGAGUUUUUCAGACAAGGCACGUAGGGGCUAAUUGUCCAAGGUCACUCACAUAGUACAUGGGGAAACUGGGAUUUGAACCAAGGCAGUCUGGCCAUGGCUGAGGCACAGAGAGGGGUGGUGAAUGGCCCGGGGCAACACAGUCACAACCCCAGAGCUAGUUGCUGCUGGCUCCCUUCUGGCACUUGACUCCUAGCCAACUGGGGGGCGGAGCAGAGGUGGAGCUAGGGAGACCCAGGUGGCCUCUCUGAAAACCAGACUACAGGCGGCAGAGUGGCCUGGAGCAGCAUGAAGCAGAGCUGGGGACCAGAGCUGCUCAUCCUGGGAGCAGUGGUUCUCAUGGAGGGUCUUCAAGCAGCUCAGCACGGUAAGCUUUGGGGAUAUGCGGCCAGGCCUUCCUUAGGUCUGGCUUGGGCCUGUGAUGAGGGAAGGACAGAGACCUUCUGUCAUUCUGAUCCACCCCUCUCCACAGUAUGUGGGCAGCGUGGCCCUGGCCCCCCCGAGCCUCAGGAGGGCAUCACAGCACCUGGUGAGUGGCCCUGGCAAGCCAGUGUGAGGAGGCAGGGGGUCCACAUCUGCAGCGGAUCCCUAGUGGCAGAUACCUGGGUCCUCACUGCUGCCCACUGCUUUGAAAAGGCAGCAGUGACAGAACUGAACUCCUGGUCAGUUGUCCUGGGUUCUCUGCAACGUGAGGGGCUGAGCCCAGGGGCCGAGGAGGUGGGGGUGACCGCCCUGCAGCUGCCGAGGGCCUAUAACCACUACAGCCAAGGCUCAGACCUGGCCCUGCUCCGACUCGCCCACCCCAUGGCCCGCACACCCCUCUGCUUGCCUCAGUCUACCCAUCGCUUUCCUUUUGGGACCUCCUGCUGGGCUACUGGCUGGGAUCAGGACACCAAUGAUGCUCCCAGGACUCUACGGAAUCUGCGCCUGCGUCUAAUCAGCCGCCCCACGUGUAACUGUCUCUACAACCGGCUGCACCAGCGGCUGCUGGCCAGCCCAGCUCGGCCUGGGAUGCUGUGUGGGGGCGCCCAGCCUGGGGUGCAGGGGCCCUGUCAGGGAGAUUCUGGGGGCCCAGUGCUGUGCCGUGAGCCUGAUGGACAUUGGGUUCAGGCUGGGAUCAUCAGCUUUGCAUCAAGCUGUGCCCAAGAAGACACUCCUGUGCUGCUGACCAACAUGGCUGCUCACAGCUCCUGGCUGCAGGCUCGAGCUCAGGGGGCAGCCUUCCUGUCCCAGAACCCAGAGACCCCAGAGAUCAGUGAUGAGGACAGCUGUGUAGCCUGUGGAUCCUUGAGGAGAGGAGGUCCCCAGGCAGGAGCCCCCUCCCCAUGGCCCUGGGAUGCCAGGCUGAAGCACCAGGGGAAGCUGGCCUGUGGUGGAGCCCUGGUGUCAGAGGAGGUAGUGCUGACUGCUGCCCACUGCUUCAUUGGGCGCCAGACCCCAGAGGAAUGGAGCAUAGGGCUGGGGACCGGACCAGAGGAACGGGGCCUGAAGCAGCUCAUCCUACAUGGGGCUUAUACCCACCCAGAGGGGGGCUACGAUGUGGCACUCCUGCUGCUGGACCAACCUGUGACACUGGGCCCCAGCCUUCGGCCCCUCUGCCUGCCAUAUGCCGACCACCACCUGCCUGAUGGGGAACAUGGCUGGGUCCUGGGGCUGCCCCGCCAAGAAGCAGGUGCCAGCUCCCCUCAGACAGUGCCUGUGACCCUCUUGGGACCCAGGGCCUGCAGCCGGCUGCAUACAGCUCUUGGGAGCGACAGUAUCCCCAUUCUGCCAGGAAUGGUGUGUACCAGUGUUGUGGGUGAGCCGCCCCACUGUGAGGGCCUGUCCGGGGCACCACUGGUGCACGAGGUGAGGGGCACAUGGUUCCUGGCUGGGCUACACAGCUUUGGAGAUGCCUGCCAAGGCCCUGCAAGGCCUGCAGUCUUCGCGGCACUUCCCGCCUAUGAGAACUGGGUCAGCAGUUUGGAUUGGCAGGUCUAUUUUGCUGAGGAGCCAGAGCCCGAGGCAGAGACUGGAAGCUGCUUGGCUAACAUGAGCAAACCAGCUGGCUGUUGACAGGUGGCUCUGGGAUGCUGCAGACGCAGUGAGACAAUUCCUGCAUCACUGCCCCUGUACCUCCCCCAUUCCCUCCACCCACGCAUGAUUCCAGGCACUGGGGCAGGCCCAGCAGCCCCGUGGGCUCUGGGAAGGAGCAUGCCUGGACCAGCAACUGCCCUUACUCCCCACCCUGCAGGCCAGGGAGAUGUCGCCUGUGGAUGCUUCCCUACACCCAGCUCCGCCGUCCGAUGCAGGCGUCCCCAGCCUUCCCUAGUCUUCCUCCCCUCAGAUAUGAUCACACCAGCCGCUUACUUUGAAAUUUUCUUUUUUGGGGGGGGAGCAAUUUUCCUUUUUUUUAAACUUAAAUAAAUUGUUACAAAAUAGA